AUGUCUGGAGCCACCAGUGACCAGCUGCACAGAUCAACUUUAACCGUCUACGCGGUGAGUUUGUACCCUCCUCUCAUCCUCUACUUCAGCAUCUGUUCAUGAAGUCCUCACAGAGAGAGCGAUCACUUUAUUUUGUGUCUCUGUUUGUGUCUCUGUUUGUGUCUCUGUGUGUGUUACUGCAGAGCCUGAUGGAGCAGUUCAACCCUGGCCUUCAGAAGCUCGUCGCUCUGGGGAACAGCUAUGUCAAAGCUUUCCAGGGUAAGAGUGCUUCUGCUUUUAUUCUUAAUUAAUUUCACUUUGGUUUUGUGUGGGUUAUAAAAUAGAUGAAUGCUGUAUGUUUGGUGAUGAAGAGGUGCAAAGAGACCUUGAGAAUAAACACGAGUUUGAUCAGACGAGUUUUCUCUUUCUGGACCUGAUGUGCAUGAAGUGUGUGUGUGUGUGUGUGUGUGUGUGUGUGUGUGUGUGUGUGUGUGUGUGUGAAUACAGGUAAAAUAAUGCAGGUGUGUGUGGAGUGUAGGGCUGGGUGAUAUGGAAAAAAGUUUAUAACGAUAUCUUUUUCAUAUCAGUCUAUCGUUACAUAUCACGAUAUAUAAAAAACACACUUGUCAAUCUUAAAUGUAACAUCAAACAUUUUCAAACAGAAACACAAAUACAUUUAAAAAUUAUUCAUUUGAAAACUAUAAUCUUGUCUCUUUGACGUUUUGUCGUAAGGCGUUGCGCUAGAGGAAGCGGACUGAAUGGUCGGCUGUUUCGGCGCCGUGGGCUGCUUCGCUCUUGAGCCGCUCUGGGUUUGUAACCUUUUGCAUUGUGCGUGCUCUGCGGCGUGGCGCGUGAAAAAGAGUUGAGGUAUUCCCCGACUUUGAGAUUUAGAGUUACUCAGAGAAACUCCUCUUUUCAUUGGCUGUUCUUUUAGUCAGCAGAAUGUCGGUUAUUGAAAAGCAUAUUGAUCGUGUUUCAUAUCGAUAUUGAGGGAAAUUAAUCUUUGAUGUAUAUCAUCAUCGUUUUAUCGCCCAGCCCUAGUGGAGCGUUUUAUUUUUGUAACCAUACAGUGAAGUGAUCCUGUGAACUUCACACCAAAAACAGGUUUUAUGUCGGUCCAGGUCUGAAAUCUGUAGAAUGAAUCCUCUUCUCCUCUAAACAUUAGGAUGGACAGUCUGUCGCUUCUUUGAUGAACUCCGGCUGAGCUGAAGGAAAAAUGAUCCUGCAGACAUUUGAACAGAUGAUUUCUGGCUUGUUUGAAUAAAUGCAGACAAUAACGCAGAUCUCUCUCAAUGUACGAGGUCGCCGACUGUCUGGGACACAAACUCUGAGCGACUUUUGGUUCCAACAUAAUUAUUUUCAUGAUUAAAACAUCUCAGUCCUCUGAACACACUCAGACUGUGAGGAUGAAAUCUGGGGGGUUGUGUAAAAGUAAGAAACUUCUUGUUUGUCUCAGUUUCCAGUGUCCUCUUACUGGUCCAGUUAGCUCUGAAUGAAACAGAUACACACUCAUAACAGCAGAGGACAAGUCUACAAUCAGGACACGCUCCCCCAAAAUCAUCGGGGUGUGAAUCACCAGUGGUUCCACGAUACGAUAUUAUCAUGAUACUUGAGCCUGGCUGGGUCAUCCAGUUGCGUGAAUCACUUGCCGUUUCCUUCCCACAACAGUCUGGACUUCGGCCAGUUGGGAGCGAGUAUUAGAAACCAGAAAAUAACCGGGCCAAUCAGUGACUGUGUUUCCACUGUUCCCCGGACAACAGGGAAAGGCAGCCCCUGAUUGGUCCAUGUGUAGAUGGUGACGUUUAACACAUGCUGCGGGACUUUUCAAAGCGCCGUUCAUUCAGAACGCCGAUAAUUCUGCAGCUGACUCUGCAAAGUCGGCAGAAAUUGUUUAUAUCCGACGUCUUCUGUGGAUCUAAACGAUUGUAAAUUCUUCAGGGGGGAGUUACAGAUGAAUUUCUGACUCAGAGUACAACUAGAACGCAGCAUUACUGCAGAAUCUCAGUUUGGAGACUCCAUCCUGUGCAUCCGUCUAGUUUCUCUUUGCUCCACCUCCAGCCAAUCCUGUGUUAUCACGGUGUCAGCCCUCUCCGUAUCUUUACUGCAGAGUGGUGAAACUACGCUAACUGACGCAGAUUUACUCCCAGACUGAAUCACAGACUUCAUCUCAGCACUUCUUCAGUUUACGGUGUAUAAAUGCAAAAAUAGAUUCAUCCAGUCACGUGCAGAUUCAUUAGCAUCGAUUAUUACGACCUGAAGUGUCCUUCUCUGCUUCCUUUCAGCCUUGGCUGUUUGCAGUGAGGCCUACUUCAGCGCUGUGGCUAAGAUGGGCGACCAAGCCCUUCACACACUUUCAUCUCGCUCUCUCGGUGAGUGUGUGUGUAUUAUCUGUGAUUGAUUGCUCCGCCUCCCCGUUACAGGUUUCACCUUUAAUUUACUACCUUCAUUACUGACGGUGAAUUGUCCUGCAGAGACCGCCGAGUGCUCCAUCAAGUUAAUGUCAAGCCUGAGCGUUGUAAAACACCAAACACACUCCACAACUUUGAAAUUACCUCCUCCACUGACACUCCAUCCCCGUCCCUCCACCCGUGUCAUCGUGUGAGCAUAUUUUCCACUAGCUCCACUUUCACUCCGACCCGAGGACGUGUGAUAGCGUUGUCAUGCUAACACGUCCCCCUACGGAGUGUGUGGGCUCGCAGCGCCGGUGCCAGCUCAUCAUCACCCACGUGGCGCCGCUAGGACGGCUAAUUGAGAAGGUCAGGGAGCCGCAGUGUGACCAGGAGGCCCUAUUGGAUGACAGCUCCUAAAUUAUAGAUGUGGACAGUCUUUCAGCUGCACUCAAUUCAUUAGCUCAGCAACAGGCCGGGACAAAAGACGAGACCAGAGGCACCUAUUAUACCGAGGGCUUAGCUAACUUUCCACUAUCUCCACAGUCCGGCUGGUUUGAUUAGAAGAAUCUCUCUCAGCUUUGUAUCGUGUUAAAGUUAAAUAUCAAGUUUCAUACAGUAUAAUGUAGAUAUUAGGGAUAUAUCGCACACCUCUCUAAAGUUUCCACAGUGUUUCUGUUGUUUGGUGAGCUGUUUCAGUAUUUUGAUGGUUUUAAAGUGAAUCAUGGAGCAGAUGUUGGUCUGAUUUACCCCAAACAGGAGACGUCCUGAUCCAGAUAUCAGAAACACAAAGACGGCUCACAGCGGAAAUGGAAGGAGUGGUUAGUACACGUCUUCUCUCUAUACUCAUGAUCAUGUUCUCCAGCUGUUCUGGACGACAGACUUAAAGAGUUAAUGUCUGAAUCUUCUCACUGGGUAAGGCCACGUUUAGACAGUGUGUCUCUGUGGCUGUGGAGGAAAUUAUAAUCAUUCUGACUGAAACUAGACUGGAGUGUUCCUAAUAUUUUGCCCUCUUCCUUUUUCUUGUUAAUUAUAUGGCCAAAAUAUAAGGAACCGCUUCUAUAUAAACUCUGCUGUGUAAGCAGUUAUACACUUCUUGAUUGAACUUAGACUGGAGUGUUCCUAAUAUUUAGCCUUGUCCCUUUUUUUGUUGAUGACAUGGCCAAAAUACAAGGAACACAGUUCAAUAUAAACACUGCUGUGUAAGCAGUUAAAGUCUAAGUGACUGAACUUAGACUGGAGUAUUCCUAAUGUUUUGCCCUCUUCCUUUUUCUUGUUAAUUAUAUGGCCAAAAUAUAAGGAACAUCUUCAAUAUAAACUCUGCUGUGUGAGCAAUGAUACACUUCCUGACUGAACCUAGACUGGAGGGUUCCUAAUAUUUUGCCUUGUCCCUUUUUUGUUGAUGACAUGGCCAAAAUACAAGGAACACAGUUCAAUAUAAACACUGCUGUGUAAGCAGUUAAAGUCUUAGUGACUGAACUUAGACUGGAGUGUUCCUAAUAUUUUGCCCUCUUCCUUUUUCUUGUUAAUUAUAUGGCCAAAAUAUAAGGAACACCUUCAAUAUAAACUCUGCUGUGUAGGCAAUGAUACUCUUCUUGAUUGAACUUAGACUGGAGUGUUCCUAAUAUUUUGCCCUCUCUCUUUUCUUGUAAAUGACAUGGCCAAAAUACAAGGAACACCUUCAAUAUAAAACGCUGCAGUACACCAUCACCACCCACCGUGUAUUUUCUAAUAAAUAUAAAGCGCUGUGAUCACCUGUCUGAUGGUGAUAAUGUUAGAGGCUGUUCAGAAACACACCUGUGACUGUAGAAUAAUAUCAGUUCUGUUAUCUGAUUUAUAAAAACUCCUCAUAGACUCACCGACUUUGUGAUCCAGUAAAUCACAGGUGCGUCUCUUUAAGCUCAGCCUUUCACAGAGAUGAAGAGUCAUGAACUCCUGCUUACAUUUCACUGCUUGGUUUACACUCGUGGAGUUACACGAACCCUCGUUGCAGUGGCUUGAAGUGUCCGCAUUGGCCGACAACACGGACCAAUGAGGACAGCGUUUCCUUAGUCCCCACCAAUCACCUUGUUUUUCCUUCUUGCUGCAGUUUCGAUGGUUCCAGGUGGAAGUGCUGCAGGCCAUGGACAAGAAUGUGAAGUUGGAUGAGGAGUACAUUGAUGUGAGUUUAAGUCUUUAACAUGCACACUAAUAAUAAAAGACAGUCUUUUACCUGUACACAUGAAAACUGUUUACAGAUUAUGAAACUUGCUUCCUGUGCUGCAGGGGAGUCGCCGAGUGUACGAGCUGGAGGUGAGGAACCAGGCGGAGGCUCUGGAGAAACAGCUGAGACGAGGAGCUUACAGGGAUUCUCUGGUAGAUAGUUAGACAGAAACACAAACCCAUCACUCACUGAACCGCAUGUGUACCCAGUUUCCUCUGUGUGUGUGUGUGUGUGUGUGUGUGUGCGCCUUUAGGAGAACAGUGACUACAUGGUGUAUCUGAGACAGAGCCAGCAGGAGAUCCUGAAGGAGGAGGAGCGGAGGUAUCGUUUCCUUGCGGAGAAGCACUGCGGCCUAACUCAGUCGCUGCUCUUCCUCAUAAACAAGGUAUAUUCACACAUCAGGUGGUUUUAACGGACCUUUAGUCUCCUCUUCACCUGACCGGACUCUCCUCUCCUCUGUUUUCAGACCGGUGCUUCACUCCAGCAAAAGGCAGAUGGAUGGAAGGAGAAAGUGAACGACACCAGGGGGUCCAGACCUCGAACUCCCACUCACUUGGAUCAAGAGGCGCAGGUACCGAAAGCACUCUGUUGUUGUUUUUGCAGAGAGUUUGAACAAACGCAGCGAUGAUCAGGCCCCUGAAUGCAGCAGGAAGAAGCUGCAGCAUCAGUGUUUUUAUGGCUGCAGUGACAUGAUUUAUGCAAACCGCUCACUCUGCUGCUUUCUAACUCCUAAAAGUGAAUAAAUAUUUGUUCCUUUUUAUUAUUUAGAGAAAGAAAAGCAACUUCUCUGAAACAGAGCAGCACCAGGCCGGUCCUUGAUGCAUAAUUCUCUUGUUUUAUAACUUUACUUUUUUAUUAUACACAAGUAAGAACUGCUUUUUCUGUCUGCCCUGGAGCUCGGGUCCAGCAGCUCGGCUCGGCGCUCUCACCUUUUUCAAUAUAUUGGAAGGAUUUUAUUGGAUUCUCAGCGGCCGCUUUACUGCGCAGCAUUAAAUUGAGAAAUGCAUGUAAUAUUCUCUCCCCUUUGUGUUUGUAAACAUUAAAAAUGUCUCUUAAAGUCCAGAAAUACAUAAUAAACAUGUAGAAGAAGAAACUUCUCUGACAGUCUUCAUAAAAAGUGAGAAGUGGAAGUUUGGGCUGAGGGUUUCGUUUUACUGGUGUGUGUAUUAUCUCAUAGAAUCGAUCAGUGAGUGACAGAAGUCGGUCUGUUAACAGAGAGAGGAGGUGUGUUCAGCAGGUCAGCCUGUAUCUCCUCUCAGCUCUUCUGUUGCCUCUCACAGACCCUCACUGCCUCAGUUGGUUUGAUUUAUCGGUGUUUGUUCCUCCUGAUCAGCUGCGGGGGUCGGUGAGCUCGCUGCUACAGACCGUGGCCAGAGAUGAAGACAUGUCUUGGGCCAGGAGGGAGCAGCAGGCGCUGGGCAGAGUGCCCUCUAGAGGUGGGACAUAGACUCUGUUUUGUAAAAGAUAUGAAGCCUCAUUCACCCUUUUUAAAAACUCUUUAGUACCAACAAGUUUCAGAUAAGUUCACAUUUAUUUCUUAGUGGAUUUGAAGUGUUAUAGGGCUGCACGAUUAACUGAUUUUUAAUGACUGUCAAAAAAUUUAAAUUGUCAAAUUGAUUUACAAAAGAAGGCGAUAAUUUCGUGGUUAAAUAGGACAAGAGCGAGUCAGUCGUGUUGAAUUGAUACGACUUCACAGUUUCAGAUGAAGAGUAAACCACUCCCCGCUGUAAAGUCUGUCUGAAGGCGGUAUCAACCCGUCACCAUGGAAACGAAAUCAGGAGGAAACGCUAAAGUUUUUUGUCGUAUCGGCGUUUCAGGUGACUGUAAACGGUACUUUUUGAAAACGGGUCAGAGAGUGAAUAAAUCUGUAAACGACGACCAUUUCAUCUCCGUCUAACGAAAUGGUCAUGUGACACACAGAGUAACUCUUUUAUGGCGCCUGAGCGUGUCCGGUCAAAACAAAUCUUAAUACACAUUCUCUGUACUCUUCUUCUGCGUUACAGCGCCACUUACUGGUCUGGCAUAUGAACUACAUUGUUUUCAGUGGUUUCAUUUUGAGAGAUGAUAGAAAAACUUUUUAUUAAAGUGAAGUUUGGUGAAGUCGUCACUGAAUUAAAAAAUAAAAAAUCUGAGUUUUUAGAGAGAAAAGAAUCUGAUUUUAUUUCCGGCCAACAUCGUUCAGCCCGACUUUCUUAUCAGUCCCUCUUUUUUUUGCCCUCCUCUUCAGCACCAUCUCCCAUCCCGAGCCGCUCUCGCUCCAGCUCAGUGGGGGAGUCUCUGGGUCUGGGUGGAGGAAGAGCUAUGAGGGCCCUGGUGUCUCACCCGUCCUCAUCCAACCCGAAGCUUCUCCCUUUCAACAGGGGCGAGACCAUCACGGUUCUGGUCCAGGAGCCGCGGAACGGCUGGCUGUACGGACGCACAGACAGCAGCCUGCGGUGAGCGUCUGAGUCCAACAGCUUAUAGACUCAUUUUCAGUGUCGCUGCUACAGACAGACACAACAGCUGCUGUGUGUCCUUUUGUCCUUUUGUCCUUUUGUCCUUUUGUCCUUUUACGAUUCACAAGGACUUCACUUUGUCAAAACAGAAUAGAAAAGUUUGUGGAUAAGAAGGGACACAAAAGAAGCCGUGAUGGAAAAACUGUCGAGUGUCUUUAUCAGUGACAACAGCUCACAUGUUUGAGCUGAAGGAUCAACACGUCUGAGAGCAGAAGAUAGAUGAUGGAGUGAUGAGCAGAGACCUACGUAUGACCUUUCUACAGCCUUUUAUUUAGACUUUAGGUGGGGUCAAAUGUCUCGCCCAAGGACGCCUCGACCUUGGUUUGAACCCCUGACCUUCAGAUUUGGAGACGACUGACUCGACUCACACCUGCUCGUGAUGUCCCAGAUUUUAUUGUGUUGUUCGCUGAUCUCCGUCUUUACGGUCUUUUCAGUCAGGGCUGGUUUCCUGCUGCUUAUGUGGCCCCCGUGGAGGACUUCUCCAACAACUUACUGACAAGGUAGGACUCGUGGUCGGUCUGCAGCGUGACUCUGAACACAGAAAUCCUGUGACAUGACACGAUGGGAGGUUUAAUGUGUUGAGUCAUUAGUAACCCUUGUUUUCUGACCUUUGACCCCUCAGCGGUGGCUCUAUAAGAAGCCACAGUAUGAACAACCUGCUGGACACUGACCAAUCAGAGAACAAGAGCUAUGGCGACGUCCCGCCUCCGGUCACACCAAACCGCAGAGCCUCAGUAGACGUUCGGGCCGUCUCUCCUCUCCCUGAGAAGAAACUGGAACUCACCGUGGAGGUAAAACCAGGUCAGACGAAGACCUACAACGAACCGCCGCCCCCUCCCCCGCCGCCUCCUCCGCCUCCAAGUCAGAAUCUAAGGAGGAGCUCCGUGGACUUUCGACCAAUCUCUCCUCAUCCUGACAGGAAGAGUGAGUCAGCUGCUGACGCUCAGGUACCGCAGGUUUCAUCACGAACAGAUCUGAUCUGAGGACGAGUUAAAAGUUUCUGUAACACUUAAUUAGAGUUAUAAUGUGUUAACUGUGAACAACUCACUGACCACGCCCACAGAGGUAAGGCAGUGAAACUGCUGUUAACAGUUAUUACACAUUAUUAUACCUGACAUCGUAAGUCAUGAUAAAAUGUUUUAUAAUGUGUUCUGAUUAUUAUUAUAAAGCAUUAUGAUCAUUUAUGAGUGUUUAUAACUAUAGUUAUAUAGUGUUAUAACAUGAUUAUAACACAUUAUACAUAUAUUAAUAAAGUGUUAUAGAGAUAAGCGUCUAAUAAAGUGUCUCCAAAGUUUCUCCUCAGUAACCUGAAACAGAAGAAAGAUCACAUCAUUGCUUUUCUUUUCCCAGACAUUAUCACCACAUGGACAACCUGAGAACCCGCUGUUUCCAAGGUAACCGCCGCCUCCUGACAUGUCCACCAUGUUUGCACAUUUGACUGAGGACUUUAGAAAGUCAGCGUCGUAUCAGAGAAAUCAUUAGAUUAAAGUAUCACGACCACCUUUUCAUCUGGAGACUGACGUGAAUCUCUGAGCGUGAAUAAAAGUCGGCGCUGGUUUUACUGAUGAGGAAUAAGAGCAGAACUUAGAGCUCUGCAGACUGAGCUGUGGUUCUUCUCCACAUGAGCUGCAGACACACAACAGUCUGACUGUUCAGCAUCACUUCAUGAUUUCAUGCAUGUAUGAGUGAUCAUGUAUCAGGUCGAUGGAGCAUGCUCAGUUGAGAUCUCCCUCUGGUUUGGGGUCAGGUGUUAGUUUCCCUUCCUCCUGGUAGGUGUGUGUGUGUGUGUGUGUGUGUGCUCGCGCGGCAGAAAGCGAUCAUGCUCGUGUGGCUUCGUGUUUCAUUUUCCAUCAUCCUCUCGUUUCAGAGGCACAAACCCUUUCGCCACCGUGAAGCUGCGCCCCACCACGACCAACGACAGAUCGGCUCCUCGAAUCCUCUGA